UGGUCUCAAGGGGCAAAGGAGUAACAAUCCAGUGUAUGCAUUCAUAUCAUAUGAAUGAUUCCUUGCUGCUGAAUCCCCUUUUCUAAUAUUUUUGUCCUUCUCCUCGCAGCUCAAACUCUUCAAGUAAAGAAUAGUAGUCCCGCAGGCUCUCUUUUUUUCCCUUGUUAUACGCUUGAUAGCAGCCUUUAUUCUUCUCUUCUCUGUGAUUUAUUUACCUUUGAAAAACUCUUGACAUGAAAAAAAAUAUUUUUAUCUAGUUACUCUAUAUAUCAUGGUUUCUGUUUCUGGAUUUGAUGAUCUGAAAUUGAUAUAUAUAUAUAUAUAUAUACACAUGAGAAAUAUUAGUAUUUCUAGCUUCUUAUAUAUCUUAAUCUCUCUUUAAAUCUCGAUUAACUUCCAGCUUUCGAUCUUCUGCCAAGUUAGAAUAUAUAUGUGCUGGAGAAGAUCAAGUAUUUGGUAGUUUCAAUUCAGUAAUAAAAGAAGAAACUUGCAGGGAGAUCAAGAGAGAAGAAUCGAAGAAGAGAUCAGAUUAAAGCUGGCAAAUAAUAGCAAGUGGUGGGAGAGAGUAGAUGUGGCAAGUAGAACCAUGGCUGGUUUUGAAGGUAAUAAUUCUCGAUACGUUCAUGGUCAAAAUCACAACAACCUUCUCAGACCUGAACUUCAUCUGAUUCAAAGACCUUCAUCCAUUCCCUCCUCUGAUUCUAGAGACAACAACAAUACCCCAUCACCACCAGAUCAUGCCAACCAAACUGCUCAUCAUCAUCCUGAUAGUAGUGCUACCACUAGCUCUGGCGGCGGCACCAAUCCGAAUCGCCGUCCUAGAGGUCGUCCUGCUGGUUCCAAGAACAAACCGAAGCCACCCAUUAUUGUAACCCGGGACAGCCCUAAUGCCCUCCGAUCCCAUGUGAUUGAGAUCUCUAAUGGUGCUGAUAUAGUGGAAAGCGUGUCCACUUAUGCGAGGAAAAGAGGAAGAGGAGUUUGUGUUCUUAGUGGAAGUGGGACAGUUGCUAAUGUUACUCUAAGGCAACCAGCUUCUCCUGCAGGAAGCGUGCUUACUUUGCACGGAAGGUUUGAGAUCCUUUCGCUAUCUGGAACUGUGCUUCCGCCACCUGCGCCACCUGGGGCUGGAGGGCUGUCCAUAUUUUUGUCCGGUGGACAAGGACAAGUUGUUGGAGGGAAUGUUGUGGGGCCUUUGAUGGCUGCAGGUCCAGUGGUUUUGAUGGCUGCAUCUUUUGCUAAUGCAGUAUUUGAGCGUUUGCCUUUGGAUGAUCAGGAGGAAGCUGGGGCGGUGCAGGUUCAGCCCACAGCUUCUCAGUCCUCGGGUGUGACUGGAAGUGGUGGACAGAUGGGCGAUGGCGGAGGAGGCAGCGGUACUGGAGGAGCUGGUAGUGGUUUUUUUAAUAUGGCCGGAGGAGCUCAUCACGGGAAUUAUCCAUUUUCAGGUGAUUUGUUCGGACCAUGGGGUGGAAGUGCCGCCAGGCCUCCAUUUUAAUUAGGGUACCAAGGUUUUUUUUCCAACGAGUGACGAGUUAGAGACAUUGUACUAUCAGAUUUUGGGCGAGACAAUUUCUGAUCAGCUUUCAAUAAUUGAUGAUGGAGCAUUAAUGAUCGAUCAUGAGGGGGUAUAUAUAUAGAACAAUUAAGCUGCUAGCUAGCAUAUAUUUUGUAUUAAUGUAUGAACAUGGUUGUGAUGUGGUGAUAAAAAAGAUCGAGAUUGGUGUCUUAUCUAAUUUCGUCAUUGACAAGUCCAUAAAGAUAGAAGAAGAAGAUGAAUAUUCAUGGAGGCUAGCGCUGCCUGGUACUAAUAAUUACUUUGGAACCCAGAUAGGAGCUAGAGCUAUGGAUUUACAGAUUUGUCAAGGUCAGUAAGUUCAACUUCAUAUGUAUAAACCAUUUUGGGUUUCUUCUGUGUCUUUUCUUUUUCUUUUUAUCAAUAAUUUGUAGCUAUAUUUGGAAGUUCUAAUAUAGUAUAUAUUUUGAUGCC